AUGGCAAGAUCGAAUCAAUGCUCUACUUGUCAAAAAUCAAUGGGAGUAGUGUAUUGCACAGGUUGUGAAGGCUACUUCUGCACAAAAGACUUCAAAGGUCAUCGUGAAAUAUUAUCUACUGAGAUGGAAGAACUCAUUGAAGAACGUGAUAAACUACAAGAGAAAAUUAACAAAGCAACAAAAGGAAACAACGCAGACAAUCCGCUUAUUGAAGAAAUCAAUGUAUGGGAGAAGGUUACAGUUGAAAAAGUACGACAAACAGCUGAACAUGUGCGUCAGCAGGCUAAUGAGCUGAUGAAUUCAAAGUGUAUGAAAACUACAAAUAAAUUCAAAGAUUUAUCAGAUGAGUUAGCUGAUUUGAAAGAAACUGAAAACUAUGUUGAACAUGAUUUAACGAGACUUCGACAAAAAGUUGAUCAAUUUAAUGUAGACUUAACACAACUUUUUCAAGCAACUAAACUUGAACUUAAUAAAGAAGAAAAUGAAAAAAUAAAAUGGAAUCGUAUUAUCUAUGUUCAAGAAAAAUCUGUUGAAGUUGAAUGCCAACAAACAUCAACAAAAAUAAAAGAAAGUCCACAGGCAACUGAAUUACUUCCUCAAAGGGAACUUCGUUGUCGUGGUCGAACUUGUGCACAAUGUGGUAAAUGUACUGAUUGGUAUUAUGUCAAAAAUAAGGAACGUUUUUUCAUUUGUGAUGAUGCCACUUGCAGUCUUAAUCCUCCCCCUCCUCCUACUCCUCUCGAUCUUCCUAGUCUUACUCCUCAUCCGGAUCUUCUUCGUUUUGGUUUUCAUAUCUGCAAAUGCAAGUAG